AUGAUCAAGUUUGUUGACAAACUCAUGACAUCACUUAGCAAUAGGUGCAUUUGCUGUUUUGCUCGUGGUUUUACUAACUGCCCAGCAAGAGCAAUAGCAAUUGAGACAUCACCAGUGGACACAAUGAUGACUCCGGCUGGGACAAAAAUUCCAGGGGUCAGGCUAGACAUGUCUGCAUGCAAAGGAGACAUGUCUAGAACCAGGGUUGCAUCUGAGGUACUGCCAGAUCAACAACAAGCAAAAAGGCCAAGACAUGAUGAUGAUUUGCUUGGAACACUGAAAGCGGGGAUACUUCAGUUUGCAAGGCAUACCAUGCAGGAAAUCAGCGAAAGAUUUAUUGAUCUUCCGAAUGAUGGCAGCACAACUGUGUUUGGAGAAAGGACUGCUGGACUACCAGGACGGAAAUAUGUCCACAGGCCUGGUUUUCAGACAGACCCAUGGAUCAGGGGUGUUGUCCCGUGCCCACCUCAGCCUUAUGUUUCUCAACUAUUAGAAGAGUUCUUUGCUACUGCACCGCCAGAAGUUCUUUCCAGGUUUAUACGGAUCACUGGGCUAGCACUCAAACAACAGUUGGUUGGAGACGUGUUAAUUGAUCACGAGCUCAUGUCAGUCAUCAUCAGAAGAUAUUGCCAAGCUGAUCAGGAAGCCGAUAAACAUUCCCCAUACCUGACAUGGAGGCACCCUCUGGAGCCAGAAUUUUCAAGUAUGGUUUUAUCUGAACAAGAUUACUUGCAUACGAUGUCCAUACAGAAGGCACUAGGCGCCAUGGUACUGCAUUCUUCACGCCGGUUCCACGACCUGAGGGAUGGAUUGUGA